AUGGAUGUCAAUUUCCAGUUUCAGAGGAUCCAUCGUAUUGACAAUUCACAAAAGGAGUUCUCCAUCCGAGGAAUACUGUCCCUUGCUUGGAUCGACGAGUUCCUCACGUGGACAUCGGCUGAUUUCGGAGGACUGAAACACUAUCACCCAAAGAAGUGCGAAAUUUGGACCCCAAGCAUUUUCAACGAAGACGGUGUCGAAGACCAAGAGGUUAUGAAGAAGCUAACAAGACGUGUGUUGUACAAAAAUGGAUCAGUUGUGGUUCAUGUACCUGGUUAUUUCUCAACCUUCUGUAAUUUUGACAUGAUGUAUUUCCCGUUUGACAGUCAGACAUGUUACAUCGAUCUUAACUCCUUAGAUCAUUUUGCUGAAGAACUGGAAUUCCGUCCUGUUUCAAAACAAGUGACAACCAUUGGAAAUAACAUAGAUGCUGAAUGGACUGUGGACUCGGCUUCAAUGGCAAGUGGUCAAAUCACCAUUGCUAAACAUUUCUAUUACAGAGUCCGUAUCAAAUUCCAGCUUUCCAGAAAACCUUUGUUUGCCAUCUUGAACAUUGUGAUACCCAUCGUCACCAUCUCCGUCCUCAGCAUGAUGGUGUUCCUCGUCCCCGUGGAGUCUGGGGAGAAGUUGUCCUUUUCUCUGUCGGCGUUGUUGUCACUGGCAGUCUUUAUGAGUUUCAUCAGUGAACAGAUUCCUGCAUCAUCGGAGAAACCACCACUACUAGUCAUCUAUCUGACGUCGAUGGUUCUGCUAAAUGCUCUGUCAGUAAUUAGCACAGUUCUCGUCUUGCUGUGCCAUCACCGAGUCUCUGUUGCAAAGGAAACCAGAACAUGUAACAGUUUAUCCAACCCGAAAACUACAGAUGUUGUGAUGGAGAAGCCUUCAAUCAGAAAACUCAGUCCACUGAUCUGCUGUGGGAAAGAUAAGAAAUAUUUGUCAGCCAGCCGUGCCUUGAACAACACAUUGCUUCUGCUAUUUAUGGGAGUUGUGAUAGGAAUUACUAUUAGUAUCAUUGCACGAAUGACAAAUAACAACUGA